CAUAAUUGGCAAAUAUAAUAUUUCAUUUCGAUUUCCGUAUGAAUCGUUCGGUUUCGCUUUCGAAGGUAAAAACAUAACGGGGAUAUUAUGGUAGACGUCUCCGGACACGCGAAUUCUUUCGCGGGAAGGAUCUUCGACUAUUUUCACGGUUUCGUAAAUAGUUUUCGGAAGCACGACAAUGAAACUUCUCGGCCGUAAACGAUGGACGCUUCGACGCUGGUCGAACCCGAAGAACAAUUUUACCCGAUACAUUCUUCUUACGUGAAGUCUACGGAACACACGUGAUUCUGCCCGUAAGCGCCAUACACACGUGACUAUAUUGAUAAUAUACAGAGCGCGUACUGUACGUACGUAGGACGUUAUUCGGCGGCAACGUUAUUGACGAUACCGAUUAAGCAAUCAAAAUGGACUCGUAAUUUUGUUCACGUGUCUGACGAAGUGUAUACUACUAGAAUACCACCGAAACGUGCUUCUCUAAGCAGCGGCGCCAGUAGAAUAGUAGAUUAGUUAGCACUUAAUAAUCUGCUAAUUACUCGACGCCCAUUGAGAACCCGACAUUCUGAAAAGAACGUCAAACAACCAUGGGGAAGCAGAACAGCAAAUUGAAACCGGAAGUCCUAGAGGAUCUCAAACAGAAUACUGAAUUUACAGAUGCGGAAAUUCAAGAAUGGUACAAAGGUUUCCUGAAGGACUGCCCGAGUGGUCACCUUAGCGUAGAAGAAUUUAAGAAGAUAUAUGGAAAUUUCUUCCCUUACGGGGACGCUUCAAAGUUUGCAGAACACGUGUUCAGAACGUUCGAUGCGAACGGCGAUGGAACGAUUGACUUCCGAGAAUUUUUGUGCGCGCUAAGUGUAACAUCUCACGGCAAAUUGGAACAAAAAUUGAAGUGGGCCUUCAGCAUGUACGAUCUCGACGGUAACGGCUACAUUUCGCGGCAAGAAAUGAUGGAAAUUGUAACGGCGAUCUACAAAAUGGUAGGCUCGGUGAUGAAGAUGCCAGAGGACGAAUCCACGCCCGAAAAGAGAACUGAUAAGAUAUUCUUGCAAAUGGACAAAAAUAAGGAUGGAAUAUUAUCGCUUGACGAGUUUAUAGAGGGUGCAACGAAUGACCCGUCUAUUGUACGACUGUUGCAGUGCGAUCCUAGUGCACAAGCUCAGUGAAGCCUUGGGCCAUUACGCAAGUAUUACCGUGUCAUCUACAUACGUGACUCGGGACCCGGUCCGAUAAUGCCUCAAGUGAAAAACAU